AUGGAUAUGGGUUCGCCUAGGCUGGACGUUUCUAGGUAUCAAAGAGCACUGGAUACACAUCGUGCGAAGGGAGAAAAUGUUCGAGCCGUGCUCAUAAUUAAUCCUCACAACCCCCUCGGUAUAGUGUUUCCGGCUGAAGACGAACAAUGCUUGUGGUUUGAGUCUUUCACGUCGUGCGUCUUUGGUUCAUCGACAUUCAAAAGCUUCCUCACUUAUAGGCAUCGGGUUAUGAAACCGGAAAAUGUUUUCUAUUUGUGGAGCCCGAGCAAGGAUUUCGGUAUUCCGGGUAUGAAAAUAUCUGUGGUCCAGUCAUCGUCUCCGAAACUCUUGAAAUCGCUGUCACGACUUGAACUCAUCCACCCGGUAUCUGCUUUGGCUCAUGACGCUGCGUCAGCUCUACUUUCUGACUUCGAAUGGCUUCGAAGUUUCCACUCCUUGAAAUUGGCGAGAUUGUCAGACCAUUACGACCUUCUUGCAAAAAGUCUCCGAGAAAUUGGUCUCGAAUUCACUCCUGCAGUCGCUGGCUGUUUUGUGAUGAUCGACUUUAGAAAGCACCUCCGCUCACAAACAUUCGAGGCAGAGUUGUCUUUAUGGCAAUCACUAUGCGAUCGUGGAGUGAUGCUAACCCCUGGACAGCACGUACUCUGCCCUCAGCCGGGAUGGAUGCGAUUGGUGUUCAGUUGCAGCAGAAGUGAACUUGCUGAAGGACUAAAUCGAUUGCGAACGUUCUUCAAAGUCUCACCCGCAAGGACGUCUGCUGACAGCUGA